AUGUAUCAGCAACAGGUCACAGUCACAAGCUUGAUCCAAUUGACUCAUCUUAUGGUCUUAUUCUCCACUCUGGUGAUUGUUACAGCUUCCAAUGACAUCUAUAAUGCUUCUUCAUCCCAACGGCACAGGACUUUACCCGUGGCCAUACCCAUACCUGUACCUGAACCUGUACCUGAACCUGAACCUGAACCUGAACCUGAACCUGAACCCAAACUGGAACCCAAACUGGAACCGGAACCGGAACCGGAACCGGAACCCGAACCCGAACUAAAACCCGAACUAGAACCAGAACCAGAACCAGAACUGGAAUCCAAACCCAAACCACAACUAGAACCCAAACCCAAACCCAAACCCAAACCCAAACCCAAACCCAAACCAAAACUCAAAUCCGAACCAAAACCCAAACCCAAACCCAAACCCAAACCCAAACCCAAACCCAAACCCCAACCCAAACCCAAACCCAAACCCAAACCCAAACUAGAACCAGAACCAGAAUCCAAACCCGAGCCCAAACCCAAACCCAAACCCAAACCCGAACCCGAACCCGAACCCGAACCCGAACCCGAACCCGAACCCGAACCCGAACCCGAACCCGAACCCGAACCCGAACCCGAACCCAAACCCGAACCCAAACCCAAACCCAAACCCAAACCCGAACUGGAACCAGAACCAGAAUCCAAACCCAAACCCAAACCCAAACCCAAACCCAAACCCAAACCUGAACCUGAACCCAAAUGUGAACCUGAAUCCAAAAAAUUUUGGAUCACUGUACUUGAUACCCAUAGAGAAAACAUUUGGGUACAAAGCCCUGCCAAAAACAGAUGA